AUGAGUGGUUACGAUCGUGCAUUGUCAAUUUUCAGUCCAGACGGACAUGUGUUUCAGGUUGAAUACGCAUCAGAAGCUGUCAAGAGAGGUACAUGUGCUGUUGGUGUCAAAGGUAAAGACGUUGUUGUGUUAGGAUGUGAAAGACGUAGCACAUUGAAAUUACAAGAUCCACGUAUCACCCCAAGUAAAAUCACAAAAAUUGAUAAUCAUGUCUUCCUAGCAUUUGCUGGUUUGAAUGCCGAUGCUAGAAUUUUAGUGGAUAAAGCAAGACUUGAAGCACAAUCACAUAGAUUAACACUAGAAGAUCCUGUUACUAUUGAUUAUUUAACAAAGUAUGUUGCAGGAGUACAACAAAGAUACACACAAUCAGGUGGUGUUAGACCUUUUGGUAUUGCUACAUUGAUUGCUGGAUUCGAUGAAAAUGACAAUGUUCCAAAGCUUUACCAAACUGAGCCAUCUGGUAUAUAUUCAGCUUGGAAAGCCAAUUCUAUUGGCCGUAGCAGUAAGACAGUUCGUGAAUUUCUAGAAAAGAAUUACACUGAAGAAAUGUCAAAGGAUGAAACCAUUCUUUUGGCAGUCAAAAGUUUAUUGGAAGUUGUUCAAACAGGAGCUAAAAAUAUUGAAAUUUCAGUGCUACAAUCUGGUAGCGUUGAAUCAUUAAGCAAUGAAGAGAUUGUGACCUUUGUUAAUCAAAUUGAAGAAGAAAAAACCAAAGAAGCAGAAAAGAAGAAAUCAACUGUCUGA